AUGACAAUUCAGGCACAGUUUGCACAUUCUGCACACAUUAGAACCACACCAGAACGAUAUACAAAGUGACAACUUGCCCAUCUCAUAAUGGCUAAAUUCGUCGUUUUCCUCGCCGUCGCCUUGGUAGUGCUUGUAAGCGUCAAUGCCGCAGACGAAUUGAGGAAAUGCUAUCAAUGCACUUCUUGCAAAGAUGUCUCCGAGAAAAAAGCAACUGACUGCGCAGACGCGUCCCUAAAAGGAUGUUUCAUCAGAGGUGACCCUGACAAAGAAACUUGGGCGCGUGGAUGUGCCCCCGACGAGGAAACCGCUUGUGCAGCCUUAGCCGAUGGUCACGAAUGCUCUUUCUGCGAAGAGGAUGAAUGCAAUUCCGGUUCCUUCGUGGCCGCCUCCAUCAUGAUGACCGUCGGUCUUGCCGCCAUCGUUAACAUGAUGCGCUUUUACCAGAGACCAUCUAACUAUAGAAUGGCUAAGUUCGUCGUUUUCCUGGCCGUCGCCUUGGUGGUGCUUGUAAGCGUCAACGCCGAAGAAGACGCUUUGAGGAAAUGCUAUCAAUGCAAUUCUUGCAAAGAUGUCUCCGAGAAAAAAGCAACUGACUGCGCAAAUGCGAACCAAAAAGGAUGUUACAUCAGAGGUGACCCAGACAAAGAAAAUUGGGAUCGUGGAUGCGAGGUCGACGAGAAAACCGCUUGUGCCAAAGAAGAAUCCGACACGUACAAAUGCUCUUUCUGCGAGGAGGAUGAAUGCAAUUCCGGUUCCUUCGUGGCCGCCUCCAUCAUGAUGACCGUCGGUCUUGCCGCCAUCGUCAACAUGAUGCGCUAAACGCCAUUUCGUUUUAAGCCGUUCAUGUCAUUAAUUGAAAUAUUAAAAUAAACGGAAUUAUUUAAUUAA